GAAAAGAGGAAAGUAGGACCUAGUGUCCAUAUGUUCACUGCUCCCCGCUUACACAGGACCUCCAGCACAGGAUGGUCAGGGAUCAGUCAGCACCAGGGACAGCUCCUGACCUGCUCUUGCUUUUUUCCCUUAGCAGUGUGGCCUCCCUUUCUGUUUCCUCAGCUAUAGUUUCACCUAGGCUGCCUCUCAGGUACCCCAGGCUUCUCCUCAGUAAGAUCUGAAGAGCAGGACUGAGUUCUCCCCACUUUUAUCCUUGAGCUUUCAAUCUCCUUGUGGGUGAUGGGGAAUUGGUUACUCCCACAUUCCUCCCAUCCCUUCCCUGUUCAGUAGUUCUGGGUUUGAUGCUGAUUGUGCCACUGAAUUAGUGUCUUAUUACACAGGCAGUCUCUUUGAACCUCAGUUUCCUUGUCUGACAGAGGUAUGUAAAGAGGGCAUUUCAAGUGAUGGUGCAUGUGAGAGUGUUUGCACAUGAGUAAACAUGGGGGGUAGAGGGGAUGUGAGGAGCUGGAGGGUAGAGGUCUAUGGGGUAUGCCCUGGGGGUAUUGAUGGGAAGCAGCGUGUUUGAGGAUGGCUGGGGCUGUGCAAAGCAUCUCCUGUGACCUGAGGAUGUGCCAGUCAUGUCCUUGGUACCAUUCGGGAUAUUUCUUACUCCAAAGACUGUAAACUCUAAAAAUGAAGUGCCUAAUGUACCGUAAGUGCUCAGUAUUUGGCUGAUUAAAUAGCAAAUGCUUUCACUGCAUGCGAUAUCCAAAGAACUACUUUGUAAAGUUUUGUAGAUAAAUUAAUUUGACUCUCACAACAAUCUUAUUAAGAGGUACUAUUGUCACAACUCCCCAUUCUUCAGAUAAGGAAAUGGGCAUAGAGACAUUCCUAAGAUACUCAGCAGCAAGUGACCAAGCACAAUAUUCAAACCCGAGCUGGUCGGCACCAAGUUUAAAGUUAUGCAGUGUAGCCGGACACGGUGGCUCAAGUCUGUAAUCUCAGCAUUUUGGGAGGCUGAGGUGAGUGGAUUGCUUCAGUUUAGGAGUUGGUGACCAGUCUGAGCAACGUGGCAAAAACCUGUCUCUACAAAAAAUACAAAACUAAGCUGGAUGUGGUGGCGCGCGCCUGUAGCCCCAACUACUCAAGAGGCUGAGGUGGGAGGAUGGCUUCAGCCCAGAAAGUGAAGGUUGUGGAGAUUGCGCCACUGCACUCCAGUCCGAGCAACAUAGCGAGACCUUGUCAAAAAUAAAGAAUGAAUGAAAGAAUUAUGCAGUGAUACUGCCCAGAGGAUAGCGUGCACGUGAAAUGCUUAAGUGAAGUUGGUGCUCCUGAUGGCUGCGGGUGGGCUGAACCGGACUCCCAGCGCCCGAAAGGACCGCUAGGGGAACUACAAUGCCCACAAGGCUCCGCGCCUUCCUCAAGCACUUCCGGCUGGCCUGGGACUCAGGCAGAACAUUGGUUCUCUGUGCGGGGCUUGGUGGCGAGGAUUGGAGGGCGGGAGCUGUGCUGAUUUAGGAUUGGCAAAAUCGCUAUCAGCCCCGCCUCUAAAACCCGGAAGUAACCUCCCCGGUAGUCCCACGUGUAGCGGGGAAACAGGAGUUCAGAUGGCUGAAGGGGAUGCCCACCGGCCGAAGGCAGACUGUGAUUUCCCUACCCCCACAAGGCGAUUUUGAUCCCCUGAGUGCUGCUCCUGAGGACUCAGACCCCGAAGCUGUCCCAGGGAGGUCCCCGCUGCAUCCCACAACCCAAGCUGUGCCUCAUGGAGUCGAUGUUUAGCAGCCCUGCCGAGGCGGCGCUGCAGCGAGAGGCGGGGGUGCCAGGACUGCUCACUCCUCUCCCGGACCUGGACCGAGUGUACGAGCUGGAGCGAGUCGCUGGAUUUAUCCGCGACCUGGGGUGUGAACGAGUUGCCUUGCAGUUCCCUGACCAGCUAUUGGGAGAUGCUGUGGCUGUGGCUGCACGACUGGAGGAGACGACAGGGUCAAAGAUGUUCAUUCUGGGGGACACAGCCUACGGCAGCUGCUGCAUGGAUGUGCUGGGUGCUGAGCAAGCUGGAGCUCAGGCUCUCAUACAUUUUGGCCCUGCCUGCUUAAGCCCCCCAGCCCGCCCACUGCCCGUCGCCUUCGUCCUUGGUCAACGUUCUGUGGCCUUGGAGCUCUGCGUCAAGGCCUUUGAGGCCCAGAACCCAGACCCCAAAGCGCCUGUGGUGCUGCUGAGUGAGCCGGCCUGUGCCCAUGCCCUGGAGGCUCUGGCUACUCUCCUGCGCCCACGGUACCUGGACCUGCUAGUCUCCAGCCCAGCUUUUCCCCUGCCAGUGGGUUCCCUGAGUCCAGAGCCUAAGCCCCUGGAGCGUUUUGGGCGCUACUUCUCUCUUGCCCCAGGGAGGCGUCUAGAAGAGUAUGGUGCCUUCUACGUGGGGGGCUCUGAGGCCAGCCCUGACCCAGACCUUGACCCAGACCUGAGUCGGCUGCUUUUGGGGUGGGCACCAGGUCGACCCUUCUUCUCCUGCUGCCCAGAUACAGGGAAGACUCAGGAUGAGGGUGCCCGGGCUGGACGGCUAAGGGCACGAAGACGAUAUCUGGUAGAGAGGGCCAGAGAUGCCCACGUUGUAGGGCUGCUGGCAGGCACACUGGGUGUAGCUCAACACCGUGAGGCACUGGCCCACUUGCGGAACCUGACUCAGGCUGCCGGCAAGCGUAGCUAUGUGUUGGCCCUGGGGCGGCCCACCCCCGCCAAGCUUGCCAACUUCCCUGAGGUGGAUGUCUUUGUGUUAUUAGCCUGUCCUCUGGGUGCCCUAGCCCCCCAGCUUUCUGGUAGCUUCUUCCGGCCUAUACUGGCACCAUGUGAGCUGGAAGCUGCCUGCAACCCUGCCUGGCCACCUCCAGGCCUGGCUCCCCACCUCACACAUUAUGCAGACUUAUUGCCUGGCUCUCCCUUCCACGUGCCUCUCCCACCACCUGAGUCAGAGCUGUGGGAAACCCCAGAUGUGUCACUCAUUACUGGAGAUCUCCGACCCCCACCUGCCUGGAAGUCAUCAAAUGAUUCUGGAAGCUUGGCCCUGACCCCACGGCCCCAGCUGGAACUGGCUGAGAGCAGUCCUGCAGCCUCAUUCCUUAGUUCCCGGAGCUGGCAAGGGCUGGAGCCCCGCCUGGGUCAGACGCCAGUGACAGAAGCUGUGAGUGGAAGACGAGGGAUUGCCAUCGCCUAUGAGGAUGAGGGAAGCGGCUGAUACCGUGUGGGGCCGGAGACAUAGAUGGACUUAUGAAUGGCUGCUAGGACCUUUAGUGUUCCCUGCACCAACCUCCCAUCCCCCUGCCAAGAUCCUUGAAGGACCCUGGAAGGAGGGAGAGCAGGCAGCCUUCACUGAGGAUAGGAUCCAUCUCUGAUCUGUCCUGGCACUGGCACAAGCUAAGCAUAUGCCCAGUAAAUGCUUGUUGUUUGGCUGAUGGAAUAAAGGGCUUAGGGACUUCCCUGAGGCCUCUGGACCCAUCUGUCUUCCUGGGGGCAGCCCAGGACUUUUGGCCAAUCCCAGUUCCUGGUCUCCAGUAGAGGGUCUGUCCUUGUCAAAAGGCAGGUGCUAGACAGUCUAGACCACGGUUUCUCAAACUCAUACCUGACAUUUGGGGCCAGAUAAUUCUGUGUUGUGGGGCCUGUCCGGUGUAUGGUAGGGUGCUUAGCAGCAUCCCUGGCUUCUGCCCACUAGACAUCAGAAGCACUCCCCCAAUUGUGACAACUAAAAAUAUCUCCAGACAUUGGCAAAUGUUCUCUGUGGGGGCAAAAUUGCCCUCAGUUGAGAACCACUGGUCGAGCUGGACGUGCACUGUCCAGUACAGUAGCCACUAAAUACAUAUGGCUAAACUUAAAUUUAAGUUAAUUAAGAUUAAAAGCUCAGUUUCUCAGUCACAUUAGUCAUUCAAGUGUUCAGACAGCCACAUGAGGGGACAGUGCAGCUACAGAAUAAUGCCAUCAUGGCAGAAAGUUCUGUUUGUUGGACAGUGUUGGUCUAUACUGACUCUUAUUUCUCAGGGAGAUCACAGCAACCUGAAUAAAUCAGAUACCUUUUC